AUGAAGACGCGCCGGAACACGAGCAGCCAUCGUCUCUCCCGCACAGGGGCUCUUCAGGCCCGCUCCGCAACCGGUCGACGUUCGGUGAGCCCAGGAGCCGGCGUAGGACGGUUCCGUGAAACAAGUAUAGCACCGACUAUUUUUGAAAGUGGAGAUGAGGAGGACGAGGUCUCCGACGGUGAGAACGCCCAAGGGGGCACCUUUACUACCGCGGUCACUAAGAAAGAUCUCCAGUCGCGAGGCCUCCUAUGCACAGACUACAUGAUCGCAAUCGCGAUUGACGAGUCUCGACGACGGCGAGUGGGUACAGUGGUAGUGUUUCCACCGAUCUGUCUUCUGUUGUGGGAAGGGGUUUUGCUCCACUGCACUUGUACAAAGGGGCCUGUGUCAAUCAUCGAAGUUGAACGAACAGCCCCGACCCCUAUAAACAUAGCCCCGUUCCGCCGAGAGAGGACGUACCUGUCGGUUAGGUUCAUUUGA